GAAAUGGUUUACUAGUGGGCGGCGACAGGAACCAAACUACACUGUGCUUUAAAACAUUCACAGGGCUUUAUUAUAAACGACUCGUCCCUUUCAUAAAUGAAACAUGAAGACACACAGAGCAUCGGAGCGGGUGAGCGGUCGCUUCUUCUCUGGUGUUUGAAGAAUAUCACCCCGAUGCAGAUGUGACACAUUUUCCCGGCUGCUAAAGGAGGCUCAGAUGCUUCGGGAUGGCCGAGGUGCAUGGUAGUCAGAGUUUGGCCUCAGACCUGCUGGAUGCAGACAGUCAAGAGCUCCAGAUCAAAGUUGACUUCUUCAGGAAACUGGGUUACUCCACAACAGAUGUGAAGGCUGCUUUGAGGAAGGUUGGCCUAAGCACAGACACCAACUCGGUGCUGGGAGAGCUGGUUAGGACCAGAACCGACAAUGGCCCCAGUGUUUCUGAUAGUGAUGAAAGAAACACAAGUCUGAAAGACUCUCUUCUGCCUCCCAGUUGGGCUCUCGGGUCUGGAAGAAUAAUGGGGGACCAAAAGAGUACAGACACAGAACUGAGACCUGUUGUCAUUGAUGGCAGCAAUGUUGCAAUGAGUCAUGGCAACAAGGAAGUGUUCUCAUGUCGAGGCAUACGGCUGGCCGUGGACUUCUUCCUUGACAGAAGCCAUAAUAACAUAACUGUGUUUGUUCCUUCUUGGCGCAAAGAGCAACCCAGAGCUGAUUUCCCCAUAACAGAUCAACACAUCCUGCUGGAGCUUGAAAAACAGAAAAUAGUUGUUUUCACGCCAUCGCGCCGUGUUGGGGGCAAGCGGGUGGUCUGCUACGAUGACCGUUUCAUCGUCAAGCUGGCGUACGAGUCAGAUGGAGUGAUCGUAUCCAACGACACCUACCGUGAUCUCCAGGGGGAAAGGCCUGAGUGGAAGAAAUGCAUUGAGGAGAGGCUCCUCAUGUACUCCUUUGUGAAUGACAAGUUUAUGCCUCCAGAUGACCCACUGGGUCGACACGGCCCCAGCCUCGACAACUUCCUCAGGAAAAAGCCUCUGCCUGCGCAGCAGAAGAAACAACUCUGUCCAUAUGACAAAAAGUGCACUUAUGGAAUUAAAUGCAAGUUCUACCACCCUGAGAGGGCUAACCAUUCGUAUUUGUCCUUGGCUGAUGAAUUAAGAGAAAAGGCCCAGAUAUCUUCUGUAAAAGAAGAGCGAAUGUCAAGAUUGUCACCCAAACAGCCUCAGUCUAAGCAUAAGUUGGCUGGUAAUGUCUCCCCCCAUCCUCGAGACGCGCAGCUCCCCAGAGACCAGCAGGGUUCCCCGGUUUCUGGUCAGGUCAGUGAAAAUAAAGUGCUUCACUGGGAGAGUCCUAUAACCACUACAAACCAUAUGCCCGUGGCAGGGGGUCACUGUCAGAAAGAGUGGUCUGGGUUACACUUCAUGCCAAAUCCCUACUAUGCCAACAUGUCUCAUGAGUAUGUGGAUUCUGGCUUUGGCUCUGUUGAGAGCCAAUAUUCUGACAUUUCUCAUUCCCUCAGCAACACCCACCGUCUCAGGCGCCAGCAUCAGAAUGCCCUUGUUGAAUCCCAGCAAUCCAUGGUACAUUUCGAGGAAAAUAACGCAAAUCCGUCCUGCAGGUGCUGCUCCCAUCCUCAAAAGCAGCAAAAUGACAACAUUGAUUACACAAGUUUAUCCACCUAUGACACCUUCCCUCCGCAUAUGGUCCCACAUAGUUUUCCCCACCAGCACAGCCUCCCCUGCCAUCCCCACUACCCUGGAGCCCCCCAUAUUCAACAAAAUUACUGGUCAGAUUCCUUUCCGAGGCUGCCACUUGCCAGGACGACGAGUAGUCUCCCCUGCGUGGUCCAUUCCUCCCAUUCACACAAGUCUUGCUGCUCCUUUGAGUGUCAUCAGUAUGAAACUUGGAGGCAGCAACGACAAUCACCUCCUCUUGCAUUUGACGUGCAAAGGUCAGAACUGCGCAAGAAACUGCAAGCCAUCUUCCACCCAGGACAGGUGGAUAUUGUCAUGGAGAUGUUCCCGCAUCUGAUGGAUGCUGAAAAACUGGCUGCAAAGAUAAUAAACCUGAAGACUCAAGGAGGAUUAUGAAUGUUUUUCUUUCCCUUUCAGGCAGAAGUUAAAUACCUUUGUCGUUCUCAGUUAUGAGACAGUUUUUCACAGCAAAUAGAGAACUUCUUGAAGAUUUUAUUGUCCCUAUCAAUGAAUAAACCUAAAAAUAAUUGCAGAAAUGCUUUGUUCCACCAUAGAAGAGCUUUUUGAGCAGUUCAGCUCUUUUGCUCAUGUGUUGAGUUAUUUGUAUGACAUUGUAGUCAAAUGUGAUCUCCACAUCCAUGUUUUGGAUGAAAAGUGCCUCUAGAGGAAAAAUUGUCAUUAUUUGAUUUCUAGAGUUUUAACUGUUGAUGCACAUUGCGUCAGAUGUGAUCUGUUUUCCUUCCCAUACAUUAAGGAAUUCAACUUUUACUUUCUGGCUAUUUCUCCAGAUCAGCCUUCUGUUCAGUAUUAUCUUUUUAACAUGAAAUUACACUAUAUCUAAAUACAUUGUGGUCAUUGAGAGUAGGUUAUGUAUUGGUUGUCAAUCAAACAUACUUCCAAACCAACUUCAGAGUUAGAAGAAAACUUGCUAGAAAACUGAAACUGAUAGAAUGACCUGAUCUGAACAAAAGGAAUGUGUCAGCACAUCCUCUUCUUUUUCCUGUAAAUGUUCUUAUUUUCAGUGAUAAGUUUCUGAAAAUGUGUCUCUUUGAAAUUGUUUGUUUCAGUAACUGUAA